UUUGUGGUGUACCAUGGCGGGUUGUCCUGAGCUCAGUUUUAACAUCGAUCAUGGAUAUCUGGAGGGUCUGGUCAGGGGGAUGAAGGCCGGGAUCCUGACCCAACAGGAUUACAAUAAUCUGGCCCAGUGUGACACUUUGGAGGACAUGAAGUUGCACCUCCAGUGUUCAGACUACGGGAACCUGCUGUCGUCGGCUGAAGACCUGACAGUGUCUGUGGUCGACAGUAAACUGAGGGAAAACCUGGUGGCGGAGUUCAACUGCCUUCGCUCCAAUGCCCUGCCUCUGCUCUCCACCUUCCUCGACUACAUAACCUACAGCUACAUGAUUGACAACGUGGUGUUGCUGAUCACCGGGGCCCUGAAGCAGAGGGAUGUGGCGGAGCUCCUGCCCAGGUGUCACCCAUUGGGGGCCUUCGACCAAAUGGCAGCAGUGGGCAUCGCACGCACUCCCACUGAACUGUACUCCACCAUCCUGGUGGACACGCCCCUGGCUCAGUUUUUCCAGGAUGCUGUAUCUGAAUGUAACCUGGAUGAAAUGGAAGCUGAAAUCCUCAGAAACAAACUGUACAAGGCCUAUUUAGAGUCUUUCCACUCAUUUUGCCAGAACAUCGGUGGUGCAACCAAGGAUAUAAUGUGUCCCAUUCUGGAGUUUGAAGCUGACAGGAGGGCUUUCAUUAUCACCGUGAACUCCUUUGGGACAGAUCUGAGCGCUGCAGACCGGAGCGCACUUUACCCAACUUGUGGAAAACUUCAUCCCGAGGGUCUGCAGCAGCUGGGGAAAGCAGACGACCACCAACAGGUGAAAGCUGUGGCCCACUGCUAUCCUGACUAUAAAACAGUGUUUGAUGAUCCCGAACCAGGAUCAGAAUACAAGACCUUAGAGGACAGAUUCUUUGAACAAGAGGUGAAGCUGAACACGCUCGCUUUCCUGCAGCAGUUCCACUUUGGAGUAUUUUAUUCUUACAUCAAACUGAAGGAGCAGGAGAGUCGGAACAUUGUCUGGAUCGCUGAAUGUGUCACGCAGAGACAGAAGUCCAAGAUAAACAACUAUAUCCCCAUCUUCCACUGAAAACAAUUCACUCAACAAAGUAUUACAUAGUUCACAUUUUACUUUCACUGGUUACAUCGAAUACAGCAAUAAACACAUUCUUAAACCGUAUAAAAAAUAUGUGUUGAUCCCUACGAUCACUCUGGUUGUGAUGGUUAGUUACUGUAGUUGCAUUUACAUUUGUUCCCAUAAUUCUUCAGUGUGUGUACUACAAACCACAAUAUAUGUAUAAAAGUAGCUUCUUGGUUAAUAAUGAAAUAAUAAUAAAAAAAAUCUAAUCUACGACGGCGUAUUAGGGCCACAUAAGAAAAAAAACCCGCUUGUCACUACGAGAAUAAAGUUCUUAUUUAACGAGAAAAAACUCAUUACAUUACUUUAACAAGAAUAUAGUCAUUAUAUUUGGAGAAUAAAGUCAUAAUAUAAUUAGAAGUUGUUUCUGCUCAUGGAUGUCGAACUGUGAACAUUUAGUUCAGUUCUUCUUUCAUUUGUGGUUCAGACACAAAGGUCAAAUACUGAGUCUGUCCUCCAUCCACACAUUAGUUUAAGGACUUUGAGGACAGUUUGCACAAGUUUGGGUUUGUUGGAAGAACUGAACUGAUUGGAGUAAAUUGUCUCUUUAGUUUUGGAAAAACUGCUGCAGUGUUCAUCUGUAGGACUAUCAGUGGAAACAGCAGAACUAAACACAGAGGGUUUGAGUUUCUGAACAAACUGUAUUCUACUGUGAGUUUUUCAGUCCAACAGAAGGAAAAGGAUCUGCUUCACUUGUGUCCUUCGCUGUAAAACUGGAAACUAUGUCGAAUUUUCAAAAUAUUACGAGUUUAAUCUCAUAAAAGUACGACUUUAUUCUCAUUAAAUAAUGACUUUAUUCCUGUUAAAUAAUGAAUUUUUUAAAACUAUGACUUUAUUCUUGUUAAAUGACGACUUUAUUCUAAUAGUGACAAACGUCUUUUUUUUCCUUAU